AUGAACUUUUAUUUCGAAGCUGCCAAAACGUUGGAUCGUCUCGAUGCAAAACAAGGUUCGAUAAAGGGUGUAAUUGCUACACUUCCAGAGAACAAUAGGAAGAGGACUGCCGCCCUCGUCAUCGAGACGUUGAAAUUCAAAUCCGUUCUAUCGGAUGUGAUUCGGGAAUCAAAGCUCAUGAAAGAAGAGCGGAAGUUGACUUCAAUAAAUCUUGCCUUGGUUCUGGUUCACGACUUGCUCCUGUCUCGAGGCAUCCAAGCAGGUGACGGUCCUAUCAAGCAGGCUGUGCUUCGUCACAAAACCCGACUGCACGGUGAACUUCAAAAGAUUAAGAUUAAGCGCGGUGCGACGUCCAGCCAGGAUCUUGGUCUAACAAGUACAACAGCCAACAUACCGCGGUAUGCGCGAGUGAACACCUCCCUUUGGUCAAUCGAUGAAGCCAUCAAAUAUUUCGUCUCGCAAGGGUACUCCUUCAUUAAUUCAUUCUCAUCUCUGAAUCAUCUUGCCAACAGCAAAGGGUUCCAAAAAGAUGCUCAUAUACCAAAUCUUCUUGCCUUUUCGCCCAAUGCCGCUCUUCAAGACGAUCCAGCUUACAAUUCUGGUAAAAUUAUCUUACAAGAUAAAGCGUCGUGCUUUCCUGCUGUCGUUCUUUCGCCCCCAUCGGAAGACAACAGCGUGGUCAUUGAUGCCACAGCUGCCCCGGGCAAUAAGACCUCACACCUGAGCGCACUUAUGGGUAAUAAAGGAACGCUCUAUGCCUUUGAACGCGAUCGAAAGCGUUUUUCAACCCUGAAAAUGAUGAUUGGAAAAGCGGCCUGCAAGAAUGUCACACCUGUGAACACAGACUUCCUGACAGUCGAUCCUUCUGACCCAAAAUACCUUCCAGUCACACAUAUCUUGCUGGAUCCAUCCUGUAGUGGUUCGGGCAUCGUGAACCGACUUGAUCAUCUGCUCGAGGGAGAGCCUGAAAGUGAGAAAUCGCAACAUGAGCGUCUUGACAAGCUAGCGGCUUUUCAGUUGCUGAUGAUAAAACAUGCAAUGAGGUUCCCCAACGUGAAGAAAAUCGUGUAUUCAACGUGCAGCAUCCAUGCUUCUGAAAACGAGCAUGUGGUCCGCGAUGCUCUCAGCUCCGACGAGGCUAAGGCCGGAUCUUUCUCAAUCGCCUCCCGAAAUGAGGUGCUACCCGACUGGCCUCGAAGAGGUUUUGCCGAAGAAAUGAACUCGACUGAUGCUGCCUCUGCGUUGGUGCGAUGCUUACCAGGAGAAGAUGCCACGAAUGGAUUUUUUGUGUCCUGCUUUGUACGAGACCAAAAUAUCACACUAAAGCGGAAACAAGAUCUGGUCUCCGAAAUCGAGUCAAGUCCGCGCAAGGGCAAGAAGAAACGGAGGAAGAAGACAGAGCAGUGCGAUGCUUAG